CAGUCUGCCAGCAAAGAGAACACCAACGAAGAGCUCGGAUUGCUAAUAGCAACAAGCUGGAGGUUAUGGUGUCGAAAAGAUCUGAUAAACAUGGAUAAAAAGAAGAAACCCUUAGACGUGACUGCUUCAUCGCUGGUGGACCUUAAAGCGGAGCUGUACCGGAAGCAGGAGCAGUUCAAACGGGAGAAACUUGGACAAGAAAUUUCUGGUGCUGGAUUCAAAGCAAAAUCAAAAGAUAAGAAGCCUAACAUCUGGAGUAAACAAAAUGCUGGUGUUUCAGCGAGAGCUGCUAAAGAUGCAGAAGAGUUGGCAGAGGAGCGGAACAGCCUUGAUGCAGCAAGGCAGAAGUUGGAGGAGAAGGCGAGACUCUAUGAACAGAUGACAAAAGGAGAUUUUCCAGAUGAAGAGACAGAAGGGCUGUUCCUUGUUGACUUCACCCAGAAGAUUAUUGACAGAAAGAGAGAAACACUUGCCCAGAAGGAGACAGAGAAAGAGGACGAGGAAAGACUCAGCUCAUCACCUGUCCCUCCUCCUCAGAACCCAGACGAAGAAUGGGUGGACUUUGUGGAUGCUUUGGGGCGAUCUCGGAGGUGCAUGAAGAAAGACCUGCCAGAUUUUAAGAAAAUGGACCAAGACCUUCAAGGAAAAGGAAAAGCUUCAUCUGAGAAGUCUUUACUCUCGGAGGACAUGCGACGGGAGCUGCAGAGGCAGGAGUGGGAGAGAGAGGAAGAGGAGGCCAUGAAGAGGCCUAUUGGGCCAAUUCACUAUGAGGAUAUCAGACAACAGGAGGCUCGGGAGCUUGGUGUGGGUUACUAUUCAUUCUCUCAGGAUGAGGAGCAGCGCCAAAAGCAGAGAGACACUCUGGACAUGCUCAGAGAUCAGACUACAGAUCAGCGUACUAAGAGAGAACGACUGAAGGAGAAGAGGCAGGCCAUCCUGAAGGCUCGACUAGCCAAAGUAAGGCAGAGGAAGAUGAAGAAGGCCAAGCUGGAUGGUACUGAGGAAGAGGAGAAAGAAGAGGAAAAUGAAGGAGAGGAAGAGGAGGUUGAAAGAACAGGGAACUCCCCUCAACCAGAGGAGUGCCCAGAGGUCAGCAUACUGAAGAAGGUGGAAGUGGAGAUCCAGGAGAGGAAAGACACUAAACCAGGAGUUCCUCAUGUCAGAGAGUGGGACAGAGGCAAAGAGUUCAUGUUUAAUGAGUGGAAAAGUCGGCGUCGGGAGGAGCGAGAUUCUGAAUUUGCCCCGCCAACUGCAUAUUUUACAGACGACAAGAGGCCAAAACCAGGAAAAAUAAAAAAUGAGAAUAAAUCCAACAUGGCCUUCAAGUGGGCAAAAGCUCCAGGAGGAAUCUCUGAGAGCAAAGCAGAGCCACAGCCUCAAUCUAAAACUGCUUCUUCACCUCCCCAACCUCAACAAAAUCCUUCCGCUGCUUCACAGCCACCACCCUCAGACAGCUCUUCGCUUUCAGCUCCCCCCUUUAAUCCCCAGUAUCCCCCUCCCCCGCUAUUUUAUCCCCCAUUUCCUCCUCCACCUCCUCCUCAGUUUGCAAGUCCAGCUCACCUCCUUCCUCCAUUUCCGCCACCGUUCCCACACCAGUAUCCGCCCCAGUAUCCACCUCAGGUGCAGAGCCAGUCACACCCUGCAGACAGCAAGACCCAGCAACUCCCUCAGGGUCCUCCUCAAAGUCUGGACGACAUGUUGUCCUUCUACAGGAACUCUACUUGAUGUCUAAAUACUGCUUGCUGUGUGGUUGGGUCAUGUUGUGAGUUCAAACACUGCUCUUCCUUUCCUGUCUCUCUUGUUUUUUUUGGGUAAAUCACAGAAACAACAGAACACAAUGUGUUAGAUUUUUGGAGUUUAGAUAUUUAAUAAAUAUCAAGAGUGGGUGAUUUUGUGAGUAUUUGUGUGUAUUUUGGUGGUGGUGAGAUGUUGUAGCCUGGCCUGAGGCGAACUGUGUAAUCAAGAUAUUCCAGAAAUAUUGAAGUGAAUCUUUUUCAGUGAGGAACGCUUAAAAUGUAUCAAUUUGCAAGUCUCAUACGCAGCUACAUCAAACAUAUGGCAGGGUUAUUGCUGUCAAAGUAG